CUCCCCUUCCUAACUAUUAUCCGAAUGAGUCUUGCCUACCUAUUCAAUUGACAAGGAGAUGUUGAUUUAAGGGCGUGCAAGUGACUCAUGUGCCAAAUGUCAACUAUUAUAUAUGUCUGCCCAUCUCCUCAGAGUUUCCAACUGAGCAUGCCUAUUUUAAUUCUUCUCAGCGAUCGCCACUCGUUGUUCUUCCGGAUCUGAGCCCAUAAAUCCAAUUCUUGCCCACCUUCUAAGAGUUCUCAAAAAUGUCUUCUUCCACCGCAGCCCUUUCGAGGACCCUGAAGAACAUCACCCUCACCAAAAUCCGCGAGCUUGAGAAGCAGCGCAAAACAUACGCUCAAUCCAAGAAUUCUGUUCUCGAAGCUGCUAAGAAAGUUGACGACGAUCCUCGAGCAAAGAUCGCUCUCUUGCUCAAAGGCGUUGAAGAUUUGAACCCAUCCUCCUCAUCCGAAGUCGACCUCUCGAACAUUCGCCGCUGGCUGGAACAAUCACGCUUCGACUCUACGAUCCCGGAGACAAUGAUACACCAGUUUGAGGAACAACUUCGCUCGCAGCUGCAUGUUCAAACUCGACGAUUGGAUCUGGGUGCUCUAUACUCUCGUCUGUUGACCGAAUGGUUGAAUCCUACCGAGUCUAGUGACGAGCAGGUUUCCUUUGAGGACCCUGAAGCACUCGACGGGUCCUUUGAGGUUGUUGAGAAAGACAGGCUCAAGCAGCUGAAGGACAAAUUUUCCGCCGUGGUCUUUACACCACUGGAGACCGACGAAGUGGAAAUCUCUCAUCAUCUCGAGAGACUUUUUGUUGGAGAUGUUGGUGCUAAGGCACUUGAAAGAUUGCGUCGCAAUAUCGAAUCGAUGGGAACUUAUAGGAAGAAGAACAAGGCUCCAUUUGACGAUCGAACCAUCAGAUGGUGUUUGAAAGGGUUGCUUGUCAAUGAUUUGCUGCGGGACGACAAGAAAGCCAUCUUGCAAGACUUCCUCCGCGAUGAAGUCGCCCGAACGGAAAUUUGCGAUGUGUUGAAUAUGAAGAUAGCGGACCUUAAGAAUUGGGAAUGGGAUGCGGGAGAGGAGGGCUUGCCUGUCGAGCCUCGUCGACAACUGAAUGGGAAGUAUAGAAUCAUGAUGGACGAGGAUAUACUGGACGCGAUCUUUCUCCAUUACAUCGGCAUGACUUGGAAUGUCGGAAUGAAGACUGUGCUUUGUGACGUGGCUCGGGAUACCGGUAUCUGGAAGCACAAUGUCAAUGUUCCAGAGGAUGUGAAGGAUCGCCGGAGAUAUUUUCUCGGCGAUCACAGGUCAAGAAGGGAGACCGGCACGGGAGUCGAAAUGGGAAGAUUGGAAACGUUCCGUGAUGACUUCUUCUUGUCACAGCUUCCUUCGAAGGUCUGGCAAGGAGCUGGAGGUUAUGAUGACGACGACGAGGUGGACUCGGAUGAUGAGGCCAAUGGAAUGAAGUCGCCGAAAGAGGUCAAACAGCAGCUCCUGAGACUGCUGGCGACAGAAGUGCAGCUUCAGAAAACUUUGCAUGGUCAAGUUGCUGUUGUGCAGUCUGACUUCCAAUGGUUCGCUACCGGCCUUUCGCACAGUACCCUCUUCGCUGUGUUGAGAUUUUGCGGAGUUGAUGAAGACUGGAUUUCCUUCUUCAAGAAGUUUCUUGAAGCACCAUUGAAUAUGGGCCCUGUUUCAGAAGGGGAGCCGGAUUCGGAUCGACUUCAAAUAAGAAAGAGAGGUGUUCCGAUGGCGCACGCUCUGGAGAAGUUCUUCGGCGAACUAGUCUUGUACUUCAUGGAUCUUACUGUCAAUCAGGAGGCUAGCAUGCUUCUCUACCGGUUCCACGAUGAUUUGUAUCUCGUCGGAGAACCGGAAAAGUGUGCCGUUGCCUGGCAGAGCAUGGAGAGAUACUCAACACUGAUGGGUCUGGAGCUUAACAAAUCGAAGACUGGUUCUGUGCUCUUGACCGGGGACGACUUCACCUACGAAGAUUCCGAGAUCGCCGCAAAACUGCCAACUGGGUCCGUCUCAAUUGGAUUCUUGACUCUUGACCCUGAUUCAGGAAAUUGGGUCAUCAAUCAGAAAGAUGUCUUCGCACAUGUCUUGCAGUUGUCCAAGCAGCUCGCUGCUGCCCCGAGCAUUCUCUCUUGGGUCCAUACCUGGAACAGCUGUAUCGGUCGAUUCUUCAGCCACACCUUUGGUGUGCCCGCCAAUUGCUUCGGAAAGGCACACGUUGAUGCAAUCCUGGAGACAUACAAGCAUAUGCAAGAGUUCCUUUUCCCCGGAAACAAUGUCUGCGCAUACCUGAAAGGUCUGAUCGAAGAGCGAUUCGGCGUCUCUGAUGUCCCAGACGCGUUUAUCUUCCUUCCUGAAGCCCUCGGUGGUCUCGGUGUGCGAAACCCAUUCAUCGACCCGUUUCUCGUCCGUGACAAGGUGUGCGAGAGCCCAGCCGCGAGAAUGAAGAAGUUUCUCAAGGAUGAAGACGACAUGUACAAUAACGCGAAAGCUGAAUUUGAGGAACUGACCGAGCAAGACAGGAAGCGCCGCAAACGAGCUAUCUACACAGACUCCUACGGCGAGUCUUCCAUCUCCUCUGAUUUGGAGAAAUCUCUCGAGGCAUUCAUGACCAAGGAAGAGUUCAUCGCGUACCGGGAGUCGACGUCCCCAGAGCUGGCGGCGCUGUACCAGGAGCUGAUGGAGGUCCCCCAAAAGAAGCGAAUUGUUACGUCAAUGAGGGUCAGCAACACUGUUCAAAAGCUUGAGGAGAGCAUGAACGAGGAAGGGCAGGAGAGCAAGGGAGAACUGGAGUGGUUGCUGCAGUUGUAUGAGAGGGAGUUGCUAGAGAAAUGCGGGGGGAUGAGUAUUGUGGAGAAGAAUUUGCUGCCGUUGGGGAUACUGACGAUCUUGAGGAAGAAAAGGGUUGCUUGGCAGAUGGUUCUGUGAGGGGUAAUUGGUAUUAUAGGUAGCCAUCAAAAAGUUUUCAGUGGGAGAAUCGAGAAAUGUCCACGCCUGGUUGGUACCUUAUUCUGAGAAGUCGUCCAACUUUGCAGCAAUGCAUCAAGUCUUCACCAUGCAUUUUCUCCUAAUUUCAAGACAAG